GAACACAAUCAGUCGUAACUGCAAGAUGCGGUCCCUUGUAUUAACAGUGGCCAGUUUUGCUCUAACUGGUUUCGUUGUAGGAAAUGCAUACUAUCAAAAGAAACAGUUUUAUCCCUCCGUGGUGUAUAUUACCAAGUCGAAUCCGAGUAUGGCGGUGCUCUACAUUCAGGCCUUUGUGUUUGUAAUACUCAUGGGCAAACUUAUGAGAAAGAUAUUUUUCGGUCAGCUAAGAGCAGCAGAAAUGGAGCAUCUCAUAGAGAGGUCCUGGUAUGCUGUCACAGAAACUUGCCUGGCCUUUACAGUGUUCAGGGAUGACUUCAGUCCACGUUUUGUGGCCAUGUUUACCUUACUCUUGUUUCUAAAGUGCUUCCAUUGGCUGGCAGAGGAUAGGGUUGAUUAUAUGGAAAGAAGCCCUGUAAUAUCUAUAUUGUUUCACUGUCGAGUAUUAUCACUUUUGUCGUUUCUUGGUGUUUUGGAUGUUUACUUCAUAAAUCAUGCUUACUACAGCACCUUGUUGAAGGGAGCAUCUGUGCAGUUGGUGUUUGGAUUUGAGUAUGCAAUCCUACUGACAGUAGUGUUGAUGACCUUCAUGAAAUACGUACUGCACACAGUAGAUCUACAGAGUGAGAACCCUUGGGAGAACAAAGCUGUGUAUCUCUUAUAUACAGAGCUUAUCAUGGGGUUCAUUCGAGUCAUGCUGUACAUAGUGUUUAUGGCAAUUAUGAUUAAGGUGCACACCUUCCCAUUAUUUGCCAUCAGACCGAUGUACCUUUCACUCAGGUCUUUCAAGAAGGCUCUUCACGAUGUGAUAAUGUCUCGGAGAGCCAUAAGAAAUAUGAACACAUUGUACCCAGAUGCAACUCCAGAGGAACUAGAAGCUGGGGACAAUGUGUGUAUUAUUUGUCGAGAAGAGAUGGUUACAUCUUCCAAAAAACUGCCUUGUAAUCACAUCUUCCACACCAACUGUCUGAGAUCCUGGUUCCAGCGACAACAGACCUGCCCAACCUGCAGGAUGGACGUGAUGCGCAUGCCCCGUCCACAGCCAACUCCUGCAGCCAGGCCACCUCAACCCGAGCAGGAUGUCCAGAUGCAGAAUUUUCAAGCCAUGUUUCAAGGGAUGCCUUUUUGGCCCCCUCCACAGCUUCCAGCCCAACAACCACAAGCAGCAGGAGGGGCCCCAAACACUACAGGUACAACUCCUUCGACACCUACUACACCCACAACUCCAACAGCUUCUACAGCAACAAGUACAGCCCCGGGCACUCCACCAUCACCAUUCCCUGGUGCCAUGCCCCCAUAUGGUUCCUUCUUUCCUAUGAUGCCAUACUACCCUCCCUUUGGCUUUCCACAAGCUCCGUCUAACAUGACUGGGUUGUCUACAGAGGAGCUCAAGAUGAUGGAGGGCCAGGAGCGAGAGAAUGUGGAGGCACGGAUUCAGUGGUUACGUGAUAUACAGGCACUACUGGAUGGUGCUAUGGUUCUUAUAAACCAGUAUAACCAAGUGGCUUCACAGAUGAGCAUGCCAGGCAUCUCUUCUACAAGAGUUAACUCCCCCACAGCCACUACUCCAUGUUCGUCGACAACAUCGACGCCAUCAAUGGGAGCAAGGCCAAAAACUACAGUGAAGUCUGAGAGCAAUAUUUCAAAAUCAGAAGCACAUUUUACACAAGUUAAGAAAGAUGAUAAAACAGAUUAUUCCGAUUUAGAAGGUGCAAUAGGGUUAUACACCUCCAACAGAGGAAGAGAUUCCUCAGUGGGUGGACCCAACGCUAAGAAGAGCAUGCCGAUGAGCUUCAUGGCGUCAGGAAGAGAGAGGUUAAAAAGUUUUCUCAAAGCGAGACAAGGAUAA